AUGACUGUCACGUACACAAGCAAAGUGGCGAAUGCCCACCUGGGCUCCUUCUCCCGACUGCUGCUAUGCUGGCGGGGCAGCAUCUACAAGCUGCUCUAUGGCGAAUUCCUCAUCUUCCUGCUCUGCUACUACUCUAUUCGCCUCAUCUACAGGCUGGCCCUCACAAAUGAGCAGCAGCUGCUGUUUGAGAAGAUGGUUCUGUACUGCGAGGGCUCCAUCCAACUCAUCCCCAUAUCCUUUGUGCUGGGCUUCUACGUGACGCUGGUGGUGACUCGCUGGUGGAACCAGUACGAGAGCCUGCCGUGGCCCGACCGUCUCAUGAACCUGGUGUCCAGCGUGGUCGAGGGUAAGGACGAGCACGGGCGGCUGCUGCGGCGCACGCUCAUCCGCUACGCCAACCUGGCCAGCGUGCUCAUCCUGCGCAGCGUCAGCGCCGCCGUCUACAAGCGCUUCCCCAGCACGCGGCACCUGGUGCAAGCAGGCUUUAUGACACCCGCGGAACACCAGCUCUUAGAAAGCCUGGAAGGAGCGCACAACAAGUUCUGGGUGCCCUGGGUGUGGUUCGCUAACCUGUCCGUCAAGGCCUGGAGAGAUGGUCGCAUCCGGGACACGGUGCUGCUCCAGAGCCUGCUGAAUGAGAUGAACUUCUUACGCUCACAGUGUGCACAACUCUAUGCCUAUGACUGGAUCAGUGUGCCGUUGGUCUACACGCAGGUGGUGACGGUGGCCGUCUACAGCUUCUUUGUGGCCUGCCUGAUCGGGCGUCAGUUUCUAGACCCAACCAAGGCCUACCCUGGCCACGAGCUGGACCUCUAUGUGCCUGUGUUCACAUUCCUGCAGUUCUUCUUCUACGCAGGCUGGCUGAAGGUGGCUGAGCAGCUCAUCAAUCCAUUUGGCGAAGAUGAUGAUGACUUUGAGACCAAUUGGAUUGUUGACAGGAGCUUUCAGGUGUCCCUGUUGGCCGUGGAUGAGAUGCAUCAGAACCUGCCGCCGCUGGAGCGGGACAUGUACUGGAACGAGCGGGAUCCACAUCCCCCGUACACGGCCGCUUCCGCCCAGUCCCGACGACCCUCCUUCUUUGGGUCCACCUACACUAUCAGCAUGGAGAAAGAGGACAUGGAGUUCCAGCCAAGUAAGAGUGAGGAUGAUGAAGAGAGCAGCGGGCACCCAGGCAUCAUUGACCGCUUCCUGGGGCUGCAGUCCCACGAACACCCCCACAGGACAAACUCGAAGACCCGACUGCUCACACCUCAUGGGAAGGAGUCCUUCCCCCACAAGAAGGGCUAUGUGAAGCCCCAGUUCAAGGACCACAAGGGGGGUCCCGUGUACCUAGGAGGCCAGCGGUCCUACAGGGACCCGGAGGAUGGCAAGGCCUGGAGAAUGAGGAUGGAGCCCUCCCGGCCGAGCCUCGUGAAUGAAAGGUCGGGAUACCACAGCGCUCCCGAGACGCCCCUUAACCACACCCCCAUGGUCUUCCCACCAGCACCGACACGGAAGCCCGGCAGCCUCACUGACCUGGGCGCUGCAAGCCGGGGCCAGAGCCUGGGCGCUGCAAGCCAGGGGUCCAACAGCAGCUUGCAAACGCUCCGGAAGGAGCACCCAGAACUGGACUCUGGGCGGAGGAAAGCUGUGGAGUUCAACCUGCCAGACAUGCUGAAGUCUUCUGAGUACCAUGUCAGUGGCAUGCCUGGCCGGCACCCGGGGAAGAGCUACUGGGACUUAGAGAGCAGGUCUGUCCUGGGGUCUCCAUCCUCCCCCAGUUCCCACACCAAAUAG